AUGUGCAUUGUGCUCCACAGCCAUUGCAAGCUGCACUCACGCCCAAAACUGCUGCUGCUUCUCCCCGUCCUCUUCCCCAUGCGUGCACAUGUGCCCAUUAACUGCCCACGUGCAGACGGGCAGCUGAUGGACGUGGUGCUGGCCUGCCCCGCCCUCACCCACAUGGACAUCACGGGGUGCACCGCGCUCUCCGACCGUGCCCUCGCCGCCCUCAUCUCCUCCUACACGCGCCCCCCUCCCGCCCCCACCUCGCACACCGCUCCCACUGUGACAUCCGCACGGCAGCAAAAGGGUGGCCAUUCGAGCACCCGUUCUCACUGCUCCGCGCGCCCGUCCCCCAGGCACUCAGGUCCUUAUAUUGGUGAACUCCCCCGGUGCCGCCUGCAGCUGUCCCACCUGUGCGCAUCCCACACUCACCUUGGCGUGCGCUCCCUGCUUGCGCUCUCCCGUGCUCUCACGGCCGCUGGUGGGGCAAGGGGGAGCGUGGAUGAUGGUGAUUGUGGUGAGGAAGAAGAGGAGGUAGGAGAAGAGAAGGAGGAAGAGGAGGAGGUGGGCGAGGAUGAGAGUGAGGUUGAGGAUGACAAGGAGGAGGAGGAGGAAGAUGAAGAAGAAGAUGGAGCGAGUGAGGGACAUGAGACGGGAGACGAGGAGGGCGUGGAGGAAGAGAGAAGGGAGGGCAGUGGGGUGGGCGGCACCUUCGGUGGGCUCAGGAAGCUGGAGCUGGAUGCAUGCCCGGCUCUGCACCACGCCCUCCCUCUCCUGCACAUGCUCACAGCGGCCAGCCCCUCCCUCACGCACCUCUCGCUCGCUCACACCCUUGCACCUGGCCACAUGGGGGCAGCAGCGGCGCCUAGGGGCAAAGGGAGGGGCAAGGAGGCGUAUGGGGGGUCAAGAAUGGGCGAGGGGUGUGCGGGUGCCGUGGAUGAUGCGCUCGUGUCGUCGUGGCUGCACGGCGCUCGCUCCCUCGCCACACAGGACAUGCCCUGCACCAGCAGCAGCAACAGCUGCAGCAGCGAUGGCACUGUGGCGCUGCCGCACUUGACUCAUCUGAAUGUCUCCGAUGCCCCUCUGUCACCGAGUGCCAUCACUGCCCUGUGUGCAUCAGCGCCUCGCCUGCGUCACCUCCUCAUCUCCGGAUGGCUUGCCCAUGCCGCCACCCUGCCACGCCUCACAUCUCUCUCCCUGGGGGGUGGCUUUGCCUGGCUUUCCGCGCUUCACCUCACUGCCCUCGCCUCCGCUGCUCCUCUUCUGCGCUCCCUCUCUCUCUCCUCCUGCCCAUCCCUCUCCCAAGACGCGCCCCUCAUUCUCGCCAACUCCUUUCCAGCACUCACCUCACUCACGCUCACUGAGUGCUCCAACCUCUUCAGCGUGCAUGCGCCAGCAUCCCUCUUGGCCCUCAGCGCCCUCUCCGCGCUGCACCUGCGCCACACUGGCAAGCAAGCGCCCCCAGACUUCAUUCAGCAGGCGGCUAGCAGGCUGCCAGCACUACAGCAUCUCACUCUGGACCUGUGUGACGCGCUCACCUCCUCCUUCCACGUGCCACAAGAGGGUAGGGAGGAGAUGCAUGUGAUGGGAGACAGCCUGCUGGUCGUGCAGCUGUUCAAGUGCCAUGUGCUGCACUCCUCCCAUGCGCACUCAUUGACUGCCCUCACUCCCUCCGACUGCAUGUCUCAGAAACGAACCCUGGGCACAAAGGAUGUCCUCGUUAUAGCCAGAACCACCAACGGCAUUGCAACAUAUGUUGAAAACGUUUCUUAG